CUGAAAUGAGCCGGCGCACUUAAAGUGCGUAAGGUCGAAACGAGAAACAGCCGUUUAUCUCCAAGUAGUACUGCUCCUAACUAACUUUAUUUAAAUUGUGAGAGACUUAACCUCGUAGGCAGCGAUGGGACGCGAGUCAAGACACUACAGGAAACGCUCAGCCUCUCGUGGACGGUCAGGUAGCCGGUCAAAGAGUCGCUCCCCGGACAAACGAUCCAAGAAAGACGACCGGGACCGGAGCAGGAGGGAGCGCUCCCGGAGCCGAGAGCGACGCAGGUCCCGGUCCAGAGAGAGAAAACGAGCCAGGCGCUCCAGAAGCAGAGACAGGAGGAGGUCCAGAAGCCGAGAGAGGAGGAGGUCGGGCAGCAGGAGUCGAGCCAGGAGGUCCAGAUCUGGAAGCCCCAGCAAGAGCAGGAGGCCAGAUGAAAAGUCAAGAAGCAAAGAGAAGGACACCAUUGAUCCUUUAUCUGACAAGAAAAAGAUUAAAGAAGAGAAAGAGGAUGAAAAAGUUGAGGAUCAAGACUUUGACCAGAACAAGCUGGAAGAGGAGAUGAGGAAGAGAAAGGAGCGUGUGGAGAAAUGGAGGGAGGAGCAGAGGAAGAAGGCCAUCGAAAACAUCGGUGAAAUCAAGAAAGAACUGGAGGAGAUGAAGCAGGGCAAGAAGUGGAGCCUGGAGGAUGAUGAUGAUGAUGAUGAAGAUGUUUCAGCCCCAAUGGAAGCUGAUGAUGAUGAAGACGGGGAAGGGAAGGGUGAGAAGAAGGAUAAGGACACAAAAGAGGAGAAGAUGGAUGAGGGAGAGAAGGAGGAGACUCCCCUGCAGCAACAAGCUGAAGAGGAUGAUGUGGAUCCUUUGGAUGCCUACAUGGAGGAGGUGAAACAGGAGGUGAAGAAGUUCAAUAUGGGAGGUGUGAAAGGAAAUGAUAAGAAAGGAGCAAUGUCUGUAACCAAAGUGGUCACAGUUGUCAAAACGAAGAAAGGACCUCACACCCACAAGAAAAAGGGGGAGCUAAUGGAGAACGACCAGGAUGCUAUGGAAUACUCGUCAGAAGAGGAGGAGGUGGAUCUGCAGACAGCACUGACCGGCUUUCAGACCAAACAGAGGAAGAUCCUGGAGCCUGUUGACCAUGGCAAGAUUCAGUACGAGUCGUAUCGCAAAAACUUCUAUGUGGAGGUCCCUGAACUAGCCAGGAUGUCUCAGGAGGAUGUGAAUGCGUACAGACUGGAACUGGAAGGCAUCACUGUCAAAGGGAAAGGCUGUCCCAAACCCAUCAAGACCUGGGUGCAGUGUGGCGUCUCCAUGAAGAUCCUCAAUGCUCUGAAAAAGCACAGCUAUGAGAAGCCCACUCCCAUCCAGGCCCAGGCUAUCCCAGCCAUCAUGUCGGGCAGAGACCUCAUUGGUAUUGCUAAGACCGGCAGUGGGAAAACCAUAGCCUUCCUGCUGCCCAUGUUCAGACACAUUAUGGACCAGAGGCCCCUGGAGGAGUCUGAGGGACCCAUUUCUGUAAUCAUGACUCCGACUAGAGAGCUGGCUCUGCAGAUCACCAAGGAGUGUAAGAAGUUCUCUAAACCUCUGGGACUCAGGGUGGUGUGUGUUUAUGGAGGCACGGGUAUCAGCGAACAGAUUGCUGAGCUGAAGAGAGGAGCUGAGAUCAUCGUGUGCACUCCUGGACGAAUGAUUGACAUGUUGGGUGCCAACAGCGGUCGAGUCACCAACCUGCGCAGAGUCACGUAUGUGGUGUUGGACGAAGCAGACAGGAUGUUUGACAUGGGCUUUGAGCCACAGGUGAUGCGUAUAGUGGACAAUGUGCGUCCGGAUCGUCAGACGGUCAUGUUUUCAGCCACCUUUCCCCGAGCCAUGGAAGCGCUGGCCCGUAGGAUCCUGAACAAACCCAUUGAGGUUCAGGUUGGAGGCCGCAGCGUCGUCUGCUCAGAUGUGGAACAGCAUGUGUUGGUGAUUGAUGAGGACAAAAAGUUCCUGAAGCUGCUGGAGAUCCUUGGUCACUACCAGGAGAAGGGUUCAGUCAUCAUCUUUGUGGACAAACAGGAGCAUGCAGAUGGACUGCUCAAAGACCUGAUGAAGGCCUCAUAUCCCUGCAUGUCACUCCAUGGAGGAAUUGAUCAGUACGACAGAGACAGCAUCAUCAAUGACUUCAAGAACGGAGCUUGUCGUCUGAUGGUGGCCACCUCUGUGGCAGCCCGAGGCCUGGAUGUCAAGCAGUUGAUCCUGGUCGUCAACUACAGCUGUCCCAACCACUAUGAGGACUACGUGCACAGAGCGGGACGUACCGGGCGAGCAGGCAACAAGGGCUAUGCCUACACCUUCAUCACAGAGGAUCAGGUUCGUUACGCUGGUGAUAUUAUCAAAGCCUUGGAGCUGUCCGGUGCUUCUGUCCCACCUGAGCUGGAGCAGCUUUGGGCCUCCUUUAAAGACCAGCAGAAAGCGGAAGGAAAAAUAAUUAAGAGCAGCAGUGGCUUCUCAGGAAAAGGCUUUAAGUUUGAUGAGACGGAGCAUGCUUUGGCCAAUGAGAGAAAGAAGUUGCAGAAAGCUGCUCUUGGACUGCAGGACUCUGAUGAUGAGGAUGGAGCUCUAGAUAUUGAGGAGCAAAUCGAGAGCAUGUUUAACUCCAAGAAGAGGGUGAAGGAUUUGUCUGCACCUGGGGCGGCAGCAGGCACUCCAGGAGCUGUUGCUCCUGCAGCGACUGUUCCUGGAGGGCUCCCAGGACUUGGACCAACAUCAGCUGGAAACAUCCAGAAACUGGAGAUGGCAAAGAGGCUGGCUCUCAAAAUCAACGCUCAGAAGAACCUGGGUGCUGAAGCUCAGGAUGUGAUGCAGCAGGCCACCAAUGCCAUCCUGCGAGGUGGCACCAUCAUGACACCCUCUGUGUCAGCUAAGACCAUCGCAGAGCAGCUGGCAGAGAAGAUUAAUGCCAAGCUGAACUACACACCAGUGGAGAAGCUGGAGGAGGAGCGGCAGGCGGCUGAGCAGUCUGAGACGGUCAAGAGAUACGAAGAGGAACUGGAGAUCAAUGACUUUCCUCAGACUGCCAGGUGGAAGGUGACUUCUAAAGAAGCCCUGCAGAGGAUCGGUGAAUACUCUGAAGCUGCCAUCACUAUCAGAGGAACAUAUUUCCCUCCGGGCAAAGAGCCCAAAGAGGGAGAGCGCAAGAUCUACCUGGCUAUUGAAAGUGCAAAUGAAUUGGCCGUUCAGAAAGCCAAAACUGAGAUUACACGGCUGAUCAAGGAAGAGCUCAUCAGAUUACAAAAUUCCUACCAGCCAACAAGCAAAGGCCGGUACAAAGUGUUGUAGAGGAGGAGGCAAGGUUCACUGGAGGAGUUUCUAUCGCUCAACAGUUUCCUGUCAUGUCUACAUUUGCAUCAAAUUGGUUUAAGAAUAUUUUAGUCUAUAUUUUUUUAUAAUGUUCCCUUUAAUUACACAAGUAAAGGCUCUUCUUUCCUUGGUAUUUUCUGUGCAUCACUUGACUUUCCUGUAAUUUUAUUCAUAUCUUUGAAAUACCUUGACUUCCAGUGUCACUAAACCAUCAUGAUUAUACACUGAGCUAUCCGCAACAUGUUUUUAAAUGUAAAAUAUUUUGUUUGAUUUUUAUUUUCUGGUAAGAUUUUCAUCCUGUGACAUGUACAAGCAACUUGCCAACAGUUGUCUUUAUGGAGAAAAUCUUGAAUUAAUGGAUGUUUUUACUUUUCCUCACAAUAAAACAACAUGUUGCUAAGGAAAUGGA